UAUGGUUUCAGAGAAAGUGAAACUGUCAGACGUUCACCGUCCCUGAGAAGUGACUGGACCGGUAUAAUAUUCACUCAGGAGGAAACUGACGGAUUGCUAUAAACUGGACUUGGAAGUAACACACAUACAAACAGAGAAAGUGAAACUGUCAGAUGUUCACUGUCACUGACAAGUGAAAUGGCGCAGAGAGGAAUUCAGCUGGACUCGGCAAAAUUCUGCUGUUCGAUCUGUCUGGAUCUACUGAAGGAUCCGGUGACUAUUCCCUGUGGACACAGCUACUGCAUGAGCUGUAUUAAAAGCUGCUGGGAUGAAGAGGAGCACAAGGAAAUCCCCAGCUGCCCCCAGUGCAGACAAACCUUCACACCAAGACCUGUCCUGGGGAAAAACACCAUGUUAGCAGAAAUAGUGGAGGAAAUAAAGAAGAUGGGACUCCAAGCUGCUCCUCCUGAUCUCUGCUAUGCUGGACCUGGAGAUGUGGCCUGUGAUGUCUGCACUGGGAGAAAGCUGAAAGCCCUCAAGUCCUGUCUGGUGUGUCUGGCCUCUUACUGUGAGCAGCACCUCCAGCAUCACUAUGAUGCACCUCCAUUAAAGAAACACAAGCUGGUGGAACCCACUGUGCAGCUUCAGGAGAACAUCUGCUCUCGUCACGAUGAGGUGAUGAAGAUUUUCUGCCGCACUGAUCAGAAGUGUAUCUGUUAUGUCUGCUCCAUGGAUGAACAUAAAGGCCACCACACAGUCUUAGCUGCAGCAGAAAGGACCGAGAGGCAGAAUGAGCUCGGGCUGAGUCGGCAAAAAAUCCAGCAGAGAAUCCAGGACACAGAGAAAGACGUGAAGGUGCUUCAGCAGGAGGUGGAGGCCAUCAAUCGCUCUGCUGAUAAAGCAGUGGAGGACAGUGAGGAGAUCUUCACUGAGCUGAUCCGUUUGAUUGACAAAAGAAGGUCUGAUGUGAAGCAGCAGAUCAGAUCCCAGCAGAAAGAGGAAGCGAGUCGGGCUGAAGAACUUCAGGAGAAGCUGAAGCAGGAGAUUGCUGAGCUGAGGAGGAAAGACGCUGAGCUGGAGCAGCUCUCACACACAGAGGAUCACAUCCAUUUCCUACACAACUACCCCUCACUGUCACGUCUCAGUGAAUCUACACACUCACCCAGCAACAACAUCCGUCCUCUGAGCUACUUUGAGGAUGUGACUGCAGCUGUGUCAGAGCUGAGAGAGAAACUACAGGACCUUCUAAGUGAGGAAUGGUCCAAGAUCUCACUGACAGUGACUGGAGUGGAUGUUCUGCUGUCACAACCAGAGCCCAAGACCAGAGCUGAAUUCUUACAAUAUUCAUGUCAAAUCACACUGGAUCCAAACACAGCACACACACGGCUGUUAUUAUCUGAGGGGAACAGAAAAGUAACAGAAAUGGGAAACCAUCAGUUAUAUCCUCGUCACCCAGACAGAUUCACUGGAAGGUUUCAGGUCCUGAGUAGAGAGAGUCUGACUGGACGUUGUUACUGGGAGGUGGAGUGGAGUGGGUCAUAUGUUUCAAUAGCAGUUGCAUACAAGGAUAUUAGCAGAAGAGGUCUAUUUGGAUCCAGUGACAAGUCCUGGACAUUAGAUUGUCUUUACAAUCAGUUCAGACAUAACAACAUCACAACUACCACAUCAGUCCGUGUGUCUUCCAGAGUAGGAGUGUACCUGGAUCACACAGCAGGUAUUCUGUGCUUCUACAACGUCUCUGAAACCAUGACUCUCCUCCACAGAGUCCAGACCACAUUCACUCAGCCUCUACAUGCUGGAAUUCUGGUUUAUUGGUCUGGAGACUCAGCUGAGUUUUGUCGGCUCAAGUAGACAGGAGUUAUUAAAGCAGCAAAAUGUAAGUUUCUGAUCAUAAAAAAAUAUUUUUCCCUGAGUCGUUGCAGCUUCAUGUCGUCACUGAGGUGUUUCUGCACUUCCACCUGUCAGUCAAACAGUGUGGGUGGGACUGUAACCUCUUCCUCCCUGCAUGUUCCUUACUGUUGUCUACACACUUCUAAUAUCUGUUGCAGAGUAGUUCAUAUUUUGUAUUUUGUUUUCUUGAUGGUUUCUACAUUUUAAUGUUUCAGUUCCAAUUUAGUAAAUGUUGUUGAUAUUAUAUUCAAGGGGAAGAAAGAAAAUGUUUAA